CGAGUAAGACAAUCAAAUUAAUUUUCUUUCUUAAAAAAAAAGAGACAACAAAAAAUCUUAAUACUUUGUAAUACAUUACACUCUCUUGUUCUACAUCUGAUUCAAUCUCACUCAUAUGUUUAUCAAUUUCAAGAAACAAUUUUGAUUUUGAUUUUCUUAAUAAUUAAAAAAAAAAAAAAAAAAAAAAAAAAACUAAUAUGCUUCCUCACAAGAAGCGUAUGCAAAUAAAGGGCAAAAUAUCAACAAUGGAUCAUCAUCAUCAUCAUCAUCACGAAGAUCUAAUCAGUAAAUUACCUGAUGAUAUUCUGGUUUUGGUACUCAAUUUCUUAUCUUUAAGAGACUCAACAAGAACAAGCUUACUUUCUCGGCGAUGGAAGAAUCUCUGGACCCUAAUUUCAGGAACAUUGGAAUUCGAUGCGAGCAAGACAAUGGAGGAUAUGAGAUGGUUAAGGAAAGAGCGAAGCUUCGAGAGACCAAGGUAUGCGAAUUGGGUCAAUCGAGUUAUGGGAAAGCAUAGGUCUUUGAAGCUCGAGGAAUUGAAAAUUUGUUUCGAUCUUGAUAAUAGUUACUGUUUGGAUAUUAACAAAUGGGUCGAAUUUGCUGCUGUAAAAGAGGUAAAGAAGCUUGAUUUAGGGUUUCCAGGUCGAUGGGGAGGAAUGUUGAGAAACCCUUAUUGUUUGCAUAUUUCAGUUUUGUGCAAUAAAAUUUGGGGAAAACUUAGAAGUGAUGCUUUUUGUUCAUUGACUGAUCUGAAUCUGAGUUUUGUUGAUGUCAAUGAUGAUGUUGUUGAGUAUUUCUUGGAUAAAUGUCACAAUCUUGUGAAUUUAUGUAUCAAGGGUUCUAAUUCUUUGAUCAAAGUUGAAGUUUCUGAAUGUGAAGGUUUCAAUUUGAAGAGCUUAAAGAUUUUAGAGUGUCCACUCAUAAAAGUUGUUAAGAUCUCAACACCAAAUCUUGUUUCAUUUGGGUAUGAUGGACCAUUGAUUGAUAUGCCAUUCAAUAAAGUUCCAAAUCUAUCUGAGGUGUAUUUUGGAGGAAAUAAUACUAUUUCCUUGGCUAAUCGAUCUAAAGAGCUUUUCGGGUAUUUUUCUAUGUUGAAGAUACUCAAGUUGGACAUGUCUAGUUCGGUCUAUAACUUCAAUCAUGUGGCCAGAGCUUUUGAUACUCAAGUUCCUGAAUUAAGUAAUCUUGAGCAAUUGGAACUGUCUAUAAUGGCUUACUGUGAUCAAUGUAUCAUUUGGCCUUGUUUGAUGAUAAAGGCUGCUCCUCUCUUGCAUAGGUUUUCAAUGAAGAUGAUGUUCAAGUGUACAGAUCAAGACUUAUAUGAUAGAGAUGAUCAGUUGUUGUUAAAUGAAGAUCAGAUAAGAAAAUUAAGAGAAGCAGUGUUGUUUACUCAUCAAAGUGUUAAGGAGGUGGAGUUGUAUGGUUUUUCUGACCAUAGAAAUAUACAUAUGGCUGAGCUUUGGCUAAGGUUGGUUGAUAUUGCAGUGUCACUUGAAAAGGUUACUAUUGAUGUUAGACAUCCAUGUUUGAAGGAAAGUCCAUGGCUAAAUGUCAAAACACAGGAGUUAGACAAAGCCAGAGAGAGAGUUAGGUUAUUUGUUCAAAAACAUUCCAAACCCAUUGAUAUCCUUGUACUGUAGAUUUAGAAAUCUGGUUUCUUUUGUAUGUAAUCUUAAAGAGUAAUUUGUAAGCGGUAUAAACCCAAUGUUUAUUUUUAGCGGCAUAAGUAUCCAAUAGUUGUAAAACUAUAAUUUUCUUUUAUUUUCGUCAGUACAGACUCCGUUUUGAAUUUAUUAAAAAAUAUUUAGAAGUAAUUGAUACUUCAUAUUUCUGCUUA